AGAGCUGGCAAGCUACCUGAGCUUGAACUCAAAUUUAAUAAACAAAUUAAUUAUAUAUUAAUUAUUUUUUUCUCAAAGCUCAUCAAUGACUUGUGAGCUAUUCAAACUCAAAUCAAAUUUGACCCAGAGUUCUUGCUCAAGAUCAAGUACCUAACUACUUGACUCAGCUCGGCUCAUUUGCACACCUAAUAAUGAUAUUUUGUUAGCUAUUAUGGAAGGUCAAUCUACUCUUUUAUGGAAAGACAAUCUACAUUCUAGCAAACCGAACCCCACCCUUAAUUUUCUCUUUGCAUUUUUGCUUCCUUCUCAUAUAUAUAUAUAUAUAUAUCCCUCCAAAUAAACCCAUUUCUUACACCUAUCUUGAUCUUCCUCACAACCUAAUUCCUUUUAUUCUCUGAGUUUCUUCUAAAUCCCAUUCAUUUUUCUCUUGCUAUUGCUUUUCUAAUGGCUCAAUCAUCAAAGAAUUCCCAAAACUUCCGAUUUUGAGGGUGAGCCCCAAGAAAAUUGCAGUGAACACCAUCAUCAGACGAUUGAGAUGAGGCAAGCAAUAAGUUCUUUACCACCAACCCAACCUCAUGCACCUAUUGAUAAUCCCACACAGGAGGAAAUCGCAGAUAAUUUCUCUAGCAGGGAGUGGGGUAUUGAGAAAGGAAAAGAAUCAUUGACCACCAUAGUCCAGCCAGUUUUGUCCUCAAGGAGGGUCCAAAUAGGGAACCCAAUGCCUGUUUAUGGGUCGAUAUUGAUCAAAGGACAUUCGCUAGCUAUGAAUGAUCGGUGGUUUGUUAAGGAAGACUUUUGCCGGUCAGAUAUUUUCUGUGGCCAGCCUCUACAUUUCUUUGCUGUAUAUGAUGGGCAUGGAAGCGCUCUUGUGUCCUCGCUGUGCAGGGAUUUACUGCACAUUAUUGUAGCAGAGGAAUUUAUGAGUGUCCCGUGCAUGGGAUCAAUAGGAAGAGGCACAACUGAGGAUGGAAGUAAUGCUGUGGAUGGUAGUAGUUCAAGAUUAUCACAGGGGACUCAUCAGCGUGGCUCCCAUGAAAAUGUAUGGGAGGAUCAUAUAAAACGAGUCAUGGAGAAUAGCUUCAAAAGAGUUGAUCAAGCAGCAUUAUAUAGUUGCAUGUCUGAUGGGGUGUUGAAUAUAUGUAAGUCUUGGCCUAAAGCACUCAAUACUACAGGGUCCACUGCUAAUGUGGCAAUCCUAACACCUUCUCACAUUAUUGUUGCUAACUGUGGUAACUCGCGCGCUGUCUUGUCUUGGGCUGGGAGUGCCAUUCCUCUAUCCCAUGAUCACAAGCCAAAUAGGCAAGAUGAGCUAGAGAGGAUCUAUAAUGCUGGUGGGAAGCUCAAAUAUAGGAAUGGUCUUCCUUUUGUUAAUGGCAUACUUAAGAUGUCACGUGCUAUAGGUGAUUACUCUUUGAAGGAAGUCAUAAUAUCAGAACCCGAGGUUUCAUUAAUAGAAAGAGAUACCGGUGAUGUCUGCUUGAUUCUAGCUUCAGAUGGUAUGUGGGAUGUAAUUUCAAGUGGUCUGGCUUGUAAGAUAGCUAGCGAAUGCCUUAGGGAUGGAAGUCCACCUACUGCUACGGAAUGCCCUAGUCAAGAAUCUCCCAUCAUGGAUGAAGCGGAGGAACUGUUUCCAACAAAAAGUGCCUUGGCGUCAUCCAUACUUUGUAGGCUUGCUCUAGGACGGGGAAGCUCAGAUGAUAUAACAGUCAUUGUUGUUGAUUUAAGAGAGGGUAAUGAGAGACAGUAGAGGUCCUUAACACCAUUUUCCUUGUGGUUUUUGCCGAGUUCAUAUGUCCCUUUGCAUGAAAUAUGCUUACAAUAGUAUAUUAAGCACGGUAUGGAUUGAACUUCACAUAUUUUUUUGGUAUGAUCUUUAAGUGAUGGUAAUGUCUUUUAUUUUCAUGAUCUUUCUUUUAUACAUUCCGUUGACAUGGUGCCAUAGCAUAAAGUUACAAUCUAAGU